AGCUCAUCGAAGCCGUUGGAAAGCAUCAGUUCACUUGCUAACGCAUCCUCAACAGUCCAACCAAGCAACCCCAAACCAAAACCCAAAAACCAUCCAAAAUGUUCAAGAUUGUGUGCCUGUUCGCCAUCGUCGCCGUUGCUUCCGUCUCGGCCAAGGCUGACCCGAAGCCAGGAGUAUUUGCCUACUCGGCCGCUCCGGCUGCCGUUGUCGCUGCUCCGGCCGCUUAUGUUGCUGAGGGUGCCGCCGUGUACGAGCGCACUUUCCAUGGAAAUACUGCUCCUCUGGCCUACACCUAUGCUGCCCCGUAUGCUGCUCAAUAUGUUGCUGCCUCUCCGUAUGUGGCUGGUGCCCCGCUCGCCUACUCUGCCCCUUACGUCGCCGCUGCCCCUGCCCAGGUGCUGCUGAAGUAAACGGAAACGGUCGAGCCUGGACCGGAAACGAUUGGUUGAAAAUGAUGUUUGUUAUCGCAUACAAAAAGUGAAGCUAUAAAUACUCCCUUGUUGACUGAAUGAAUUCAUCCAUCUGCUUUACCUAAA